GAAACCGAAUCUGUAAUUGAAGAGAUUGAAAUAGAAACUGAAUCUAUAAAUGAUGAAGAAGUAGAAACCGAAUCUGUAGCUGCAGUAGUUGAAAAAGUAAACAAAAAUGAUUUAAAUGAUGCUGCUUCAGAGGAAAUUAAGGAUUCUAGUGAUUUUAAAGAAUCUCAUUAG